AUGGAUUUCUAUGUUGGAGAUACAUCACAUAAUGAUGCUGAAAAUUCAUCAUCGUCUUCUUCAGAUAUUGAUGAUUAUAUUUCAGAUGAUAAUGAGUUUGUAGUGGAAACACAAGCAGUUCAUCAAGCAUUAGCUCGAAAUAAGAUGGUUUUGCAGCAAAUACAAGAUCAACAUCGAGUUUCUAGAGGUGGCUCUGUUUUAGGUCAUGUAGUAAUCAAUCGAGAUCGUGAAGCGGCUGAUCGUAAUUUAUUUCUGGAUUAUUUUUCAGAUAAUCCACGUUUCAAUGAUGUAAUGUUUCGUCGACGAUAUAGAAUGUCUCGAAAUUUAUUUCUUCGUAUUGUCGAUGCAAUAAAAGCGCAUGAUACGUACUUUGAACAACAAAGAGAUGCAGUAGGUAAAAUUGGAUUAUCUACUCUUCAAAAAAUCACAGCUGUGUUUCGAAUGUUAGCGUAUGGUUUGCCGGCGGACGCUACAGACGAAUAUGUGAAAAUUGGGGAGUCCACUGCAAUUGAAAGUCUAAAGAGAUUUUGUCGAGCCACCGUUGAGGUAUUUGGUGAGCAGUAUCUGAGAUCACCAACUGCCGAGGAUGUUGCAAGGCUUCUUUAUAUUGGUGAGCAACGUGGCUUUCCUGGCAUGUUAGGUAGUCUCGAUUGCAUGCAUUGGAAAUGGAAAAAUUGUCCUACUGCAUAGGCUGGCCAAUAUACAAGUCGUAGUGGAUCGCCAACAAUUAUUUUAGAAGCUGUAGCUGAUUAUGACCUUUGGAUAUGGCAUGCAUAUUUUGGAAUGCCUGGCUCUAAUAACGAUAUUAAUGUUUUGGAGUCAUCGCAUUUAUUUUCCG